AACUUUAUCAGUCAAUGGACUAAUGACCUUGAUUAAAAUUAAAACAGUUGAUAGCUAACCUCUCUACACAAAGUAAACAACCAAGUCAUAGCAAUGAUGCAAAGAAAUAUUCAAAGAAUAUUAUUUCGGCCUUUUGUCUUGUCCAGAUUUAUAAACACAAAAAACCAAUAUCUCAUAAUAAAUGAAGAAAAUGGUACUAGAGAAAUUACUCUUAAUCAUGAAAAAACUAAAAAUUCUCUUUCCCUCGAUAUGAUGAGCAAUCUUAUUGAAGCACUUAACCACAAUAAUAAUGAACAAUCACUAAGAGCUAUUGUGUUAUCAGCAAAUGGUAAUGUAUUUUCAGCAGGACAUAACCUGAAGGAAUUACAACAAUCUACUGGAGUUGACCAGCACAAGCUUGUAUUUAAUAAAGCAUCUGAAUUGAUGACAUCGAUAAUUAAGAGUCCUGUGCCAGUAAUAGCUAAGGUAAAUGGAUUUGCAGCUGCAGCGGGAUGCCAACUGGUUGCAACCUGUGAUAUGAUUGUUUGCUCUCAAAAUAGCAAAUUUUCUACACCAGGGGCAAAUUUUGGUAUUUUUUGUUCCACACCUGGGAUUGCUGUUGGAAGAAGCGUACCUAAAUCUCGUGCAAUGUAUAUGUUACUAACUGGUGAACCUUUAACUGCUCAAGAAGCAUAUGAAAGUGGACUUGUUACUAAAGUUGUGCCAGUUGAAGAGUUAGAUAGUGAAGUAAACAACAUCAUAGACAAAAUUAAACACAAAAGCCGCAGUGUAAUUGCUCUUGGUAAAGAAUUCUAUUACAAACAAAUUGAACUAAACAUUUUCGACGCUUAUAAGUUGGGAGAGGAAAUAAUGGUAAAAAAUAUAAAUUCAAGUGAUGGACAAGAAGGAAUAAGAAGCUUUGUUGAAAAAAGAAAGCCUGUGUGGAAUCAUAUUAUGUGAGGAUAAUAAAUAUGAUUAAAUAAAAUACUUUUAUAUUUACACCUAUAUUUAUUUAUAAGGUACUAUAAUAAACAUUUAAUGAUAUCCAAAGCGAACAAAAAUGUAAGCAGACUACUUCACAUUUCGCACAUAUAUACAACACAAAAUAUAAUAUGUAUGUAGCUUAUUUUGUAUCAAUACAUUCUUUGAAAAACAUAUAAAAUCAAUGUGUGGAAUAUAAACCAUACUAUGAAUAAGUGCAGUGUGCAUUUUAUUAACUAAUGUUUAUGGAUUAUUGUCUGAGGAUAAAAAUGUUUAUUCUCAAUUAACAAUGUAUCAAAUUCAUAGAAUUUUUUUACACAAAAUUACAAAAAAUACUUGUGCAAAUUUUUUCUUUACAACUAAUGAAUGAUAUUUUUUUUUAUAUGAAAGAACUAAGAAGUCA